AUGCUUGACCCUAGGUACACUCGGUCUUUCUGGGGAAUGGAUUACACGCCAAGAGGCGCUCAAAUGGAUUUGGGCUGUACAGUCAAUCAGAAUGAUGUGAUAGAGGACUUGAAAAUCCUGUACCAGUUGACUCCCCGCAUUCGCCUGUAUGGAAUGGACUGUGCUCAAGCUGAUUUGGUGUUGAACGGACUCAAUGUCUUGGGCAUUGAUAUGGGCGUGAUUCUCACCCUUUGGGUGGAUAAUAACCAAACGACCUAUCAGCGGCAAUACGACACAUUCUGGAAGACAACCGAAACAUACGGCUUUGAUCGCCUGACCGGUGUAUCCAUUGGCAACGAAGCCAUUUUCCGAAAACAAGCGACCGUGGAUAGUUUGGUUAGCAAGAUGGAACAAAUGCGAUCGGCGUUGGCUGACAAAGGACAAACUCAUAUUCCUGUUUACACCACGGAGAUCAAUGAUUUGGAUCAGUUGUUGCCUCAUAUGGAUGCUUUGAUGGACAAUGUCCAUCCGUUCUUCGGAGGAACGACUGCCGACACCGCUGCCAACUGGACGUGGAAAUAUUACUAUGAAGUCGACCAGUACCCCACCAUACAAUAUGCAAAGACCAAUAACAUUCAAAUACCAGCUAUCAUCAGUGAAAUUGGAUGGCCGUCGUUCCCACCAAAUGGCUCGGUUCAAGGUGCUAUCCCGGGUAUUCCACAAUUACAACGAUUUAUGGAUGAUUAUGUAUGCGAAGCAAACAAACGCGGUUUGCCUUACUAUUGGUUUGAGUUCAAGGACGAACCUUGGAAGCAAUGGAUGUUCAAUGAAACCAGAGAAAGUUAUUGGGGAUUGUUUGAUGAGAACGCUCAACUCAAGAAUUUAACUUUGCCAAAUUGUCCAUUAGACGCAUGGACCAAAGGAGACUUGGCCGUUCCACAGCCACUUCCAUUCAACUCCACGACAAAGUAA